AUGACAAAGUACCUAUUGGCUGGUGCAUUCUCGGUGGACACUCGCCUGUCUCACAUGGAGCUCUCGCCAGCCUCUAUAAGGGUGCCCGAGAGGGAUGUCUGCAGGAAGCUGGAUCUUCCACUGCACCACAAGAAUCUUUUGCUGAACAAAUAUAUGACUAGUAGUCAACAGACACCACAGCUUACCCAGAAAGAGGGCCUGCACAAUCUGAAGCGAGCAAUGCGAUUGGCGGUGGCGGCCGGUGCCGUGGCAGCGCUGUUGCCUUUGGCGGCAGCGCAGCUCUCGUUCUGGCACCUUCUGGCUAACCGUGGCGGGGCCAGGCUACGCGACCCGUACGAAGCACUAGACGCUCUGUCCCGCGUCGGAUAUUCGGCCUUGGUGGAUCCAGACGAGAAAGGCCGUGCUUCGGACAGUUCGAUCGACCCGAAGCAGGCCCUUGAGUACGUCGCCAGGCUUGGAUGGUCUGACGUAAAUAUUGCAGCGGUUACGAAGACCUUCAGUACGGGCAUAACGACGCCGGAGACGUGCGCCACCUGCGAAUACUUCAUGGGUGUGCUGAAAAAUAAUUCCGGAAGGUUCUCAAUGCCCGUCUUGGUUGCUUUCCUGUGGACAGUGUGUUACACCCAGUCCUACACCACGACUGAAGUGUGCAUGGGCAUCGUCAGGGCCUACAAGGACGACGUCGCUUACGUGAUGAGAACCACGAGGUCGUCGCCAAACGAGAUGUGCACGCUGUUGUUCGGCAGAACGUGCGGAAACCUUACGUUGCCCGAACACGUGUGGGAGAUCGUCGUUCCCGAGAAGUCCACCUCCAACAGGCCAGCACCCGAAGAGAGAGCACAGUCAAGAGACGCACUGGGGUCGUCAUUCCGCGUGCUACAGCUGUCGGACACGCACUACGACCCGAAGUACGUCGAAGGGAGCCUCGCAGCCUGCGACGAGCCCCUGUGCUGCCGGCCAGCUUCGGGAGAAGUGCAGAACGACACCGACCGCGCGGGACGCUGGGGCGACCUGCGCAACUGCGACCUGCCCUUCCGCACGCUGGACAACAUGCUCGUGCACAUCGGAAGUCAGGGACGCCAGGCUGAGUUCGCCUACUGGACCGGCGACCUCCCACCGCACGACUCGUGGAAGAUAACGAGGGCGGCCAACUUCGAGAACUUCGAGACGACCGUCACGACCAUUGCCAAGCGGCUGCCGGGCAUCACGGUCUACCCGGUUGUCGGAAACCAUGAAGCUGUUCCCCCGAACAUGUUCCCUGAGACCGACCACCGCGACGCAAAGGUCGCCGAGAAGUCGCAGUGGGUGUACGACACCCUAGCCGAAGAUUGGAAGAUCUGGCUUCCAGAAGACGCCCUGGCCACCGUCAGACGUGCUGGAUACUACGUCACAAAGCCGAGGGAAGGCCUUCGAUUGAUAUCGCUCAACACAAACUUCUGCUACAAUUUAAACUUCUGGCUUUUCGUGAAUUCGACCGACCCUGGAAACCAGCUGCACUGGCUGGUGGACGAGCUGCUUGAUGCCGAAAGCGUUGGCGACAAGGUUCAUCUCAUCGGGCACAUACCUCCCGGCUUGCCUGACUGCCUCGACACUUGGAGCGCCAUGUUUCACAGAAUCGUCGAAAGGUUUUCGGACACAGUGGUCGGACAGUUCUACGGACACACGCAUUACGACGAGGCGAUCGUGUACUACUCGUCCGCCGACCGGUCGCGGCCUUUCGGACUCGCUUUCGUCGCUCCAAGCGUCACCACGUACAGCUUUCUGAACCCCGCUUACCGGAUGUACGACGUCGACUCGGAAUCCAAGCUCGUGACGAGACACGAGACGUACUCCAUGAACAUGAACGAGGCGAACCAAGAUGGCGGAGAACCGCACUGGAGACUGGAGUAUAGCACCGAGGAUCUAGGUCUGGCGCAAGCUGGCCACGAGGACUGGGCAGCGCUCAUCGAUGCCAUGGAUACUGACCAGGCCCGGUUCAACCAAUUCGUUCGGACCCUGCGCCGUGCUCCCUUGCGGGUUGCGACACUAGCGUCUUGCCUGACCAAAAACCACUAUCUGUCUCAUAGGUACACGACUCGCCUCGACGACGAGGAGACCAGAUGCGACGACGAGUGUCGUGAGCGACUGCUGUGCCGCUGGAGAACGGACAGGGCGCACGACUACUCGGCCUGUCCUCGAGACCCCACGGCCGACAGGAACACCACCACCGGGAGUCAAGGGAAGCAUUCGUAA